UUUGUUCUUUUAUGUGUCUGCAUUAAUCCCAGUUUUUCUUUGAUCCAAACAGAUCCCCUAGACAGAGAGAUAAAGAUUGGAUAGAAGAUGCCUGCGAAGGGCGAACUGGUAAAAGUACUGGAGGCAGCGCUGGAGAAUUUGCAGAGAAGCAGCUUUAAAGCCUUCAAGCACAAACUCAAGGACUGUGAGGUGCCCAAAAAUCACAAAAGGAUUCCAUGGAAUGAAUUAGAAGAGGCAGAUGCACCACGCGUGGUUGAUCGCAUAAUCAAUUGUCACACGUAUAGGCACGGACCAUCAAUUGUUAUAAAAGUGCUGGAAGAUAUCAGUGAAAGGCAGGCCAGUCUAGACUUGAAGAUAGAAUUAAAGAAAAUUAAUAGUAAAACAACAAGAAGUGAGAAGACCCCUGGAAGCCAGAAGAAAGCAAAAAAAUGUAAUUUACCAAGUACAACUUCGAAGCAAGAACAUCAUAAGGAACAAUGUCAAACAACCAUUUCUGAGGGUCCCUUCAAUGAGGAAAUAGUGGAAAGAAGUAAAAUAAGCAGCUGCAAAAGCACUACACACAAUUUGGAAGGGGCUACCCUGGGUGCUCAGCCAAUCACAGGCCAUAAAAGUCAUGCAACUACACAGGCUGAAGAAACAAACCUGAAUGGCCCUCAAAAAGUUGAAGUUGGCAUUGGACCUGUCUUGCAAUCAUCUGACAGUGUUGGGCCUUCAACAGACUCUACCAGCAUAUUAAAAAUGGAAAGUUUGUGUGUCCCAGUAGAUGCGAUGGUAUCCAGCGAACAUAACAACCAGCCAAGUGGAACCAAUGGCAAAUCCAUACAUUUCAGGCAAAAAGGCAGAAAUGGAUCUGUAACAAAUCGUACUAAAAAAUCUAAUUUCAAUCGUAUUUGCCCAAGGGGAAUGCCACUGCAAGACCUCAAACUGCCAACGCUGACGAAUCCUAAACGUAAACUUUUUUUAAAACGCUGCAAUAACAAGCCGGAUAUCUACGCCAAACUUCUAUUCAAGCACUUUGUGCAGUAUAACACGUAUAUAACAUGGUUUAAAAACACUAACUUUGAUGGACACGGAGGUAAAAAUGCCAUUCCAGAAAACCUGCGUGUUGCUAUAGACGAGGAGGUGCUAAAGAAAUUUGCAUCGGAAAACAAGGUUAAUAAAGAAAUAAAAAAGGGAAUUAAUGGUAUUCUGUCAAAAGCUAGAGGCUGGGGUGAUCUCAUGUAGCCACCGGGCAUCUUAAAGGGGAAGGAAAGUCAUUUUGGCAUUUUACUGCCAAUAGAUUUGCUACAUUAGUGCCACC